AGAGGCUGGUACCCCGCCUGGUAGAGAUGCCACACUCGCUCCGCGGCUCGCAUGGCGCUCUGAAGACGCCGGCGCCCGCCGCCUUGAGGAGCCGCUGCCCCCGCUCCCUGAAGAUGGGGGAACAAUGAAAUAAGCGAGAAGAUUCCUCUUCUCCCCCCUCUCUCUCUUGCCCCCUCCCCCUCCCCUCCCCUCUCCCCUCGACUCCUCUCCGAGGCACCAUGCUGACCCGCCUGUUCAGCGAGCCCGGUCUCCUCUCGGACGUGCCCAAGUUCGCCAGCUGGGGCGACGGCGACGACGACGAGCCGAGGAGUGACAAGGGCGAAGCGCCGCCUCCGCCCCCGCCGCCGCCGGGGCCCGGGGCUCCGGGGCCGGCCCGGGCCUCCAAGCCAGUCCCUCUCCGUGCGGAAGAGGUGCCAGAGGCCGCGCUGGCCGAGGUCAAGGAGGAAGGCGAGCUGGGGGUCGAGGAGGAGGAGGAAGAGGAAGAGGAGGAAGGGUUGGACGAGGCAGAGGGCGAGAGGCCCAAGAAGCGCGGACCCAAGAAACGCAAAAUGACCAAGGCGCGCCUGGAGCGCUCCAAGCUGCGGCGGCAGAAGGCGAACGCCCGGGAGCGUAACCGGAUGCACGACCUGAACGCGGCGCUGGACAACCUGCGGAAGGUGGUGCCCUGCUACUCCAAGACGCAGAAGCUGUCCAAGAUCGAGACGCUGCGCCUGGCCAAGAACUACAUCUGGGCGCUCUCGGAGAUCCUGCGCUCGGGCAAGCGGCCGGAUCUGGUGUCCUACGUGCAGACGCUGUGCAAGGGCCUGUCGCAGCCCACCACUAACCUGGUGGCCGGCUGCCUGCAGCUCAACUCGCGCAACUUCCUCACGGAGCAGGGCGCCGAUGGCACGGGCCGCUUCCACGGCUCCGGAGGCCCGUUCGCCAUGCACCCCUACCCCUACCCGUGCUCGCGCUUGGCGGGCGCGCAGUGCCAGGCGGCGGGCGGCCUGGGCGGCGGCGCGGCGCACGCCCUGCGGACCCACGGCUACUGUGCCGCCUACGAGACGCUGUACGCGGCGGCGGGCGGCGGCGGCGCGAGCCCGGACUACAACAGCUCCGAGUACGAGGGCCCGCUCAGCCCCCCGCUCUGUCUCAACGGCAACUUCUCGCUCAAGCAGGACUCGUCGCCCGACCACGAGAAGAGCUACCAUUACUCUAUGCACUACUCAGCGCUGCCGGGUUCGCGGCCCACGGGCCACGGGCUGGUCUUCGGCUCGUCCGCGGUGCGCGGGGGCGUCCACUCCGAGAAUCUGUUGUCUUACGAUAUGCACCUUCACCACGACCGGGGCCCCAUGUACGAAGAGCUCAACGCGUUUUUUCAUAACUGAGACCUCGAGCCCGCCCUUCUUUUUUCUUUGGCCUUUACCCGCACCCCUGUCCCCAGCGCCCCGAGCGCAGGGGCACCCUCACCUACUCUGGCGCCGGGUGCGGGGUGCGGGACGCCGGUCCCGCCGCUCUCCUGGGCAGCGUGGUCCUCUUAACAGUGGGGGGGGGGGCCCUCCCAGGGGCCUCGCUUCCCCCAGGGGACUCGCCUUCUCUCUCCCCAGGGGGUUUCCUCCACCUCUUUCCCAGGGAGAUCUUCUCCAGGGAGCCCUCUCGGGGCACUCCCUGGAGACCCCCCCCUCCCCAACCCCUACACUUAGGUCCCCUUCUCCCCUUUCCCCUGCAGGCCCGAGACGUUGGUAAGGAGGCAGCGGAGCCGUGGGAUGGCGUCCCUCCCCUUAUUGUUAUUACUUGUAAAACAGACACCGAGCUGCCGAGGCGGAAAGGAGCCGGCGUCCCCUCCCUCCCGCAGGGGGCAGAAGUCAGGGUGCCCCAGCCUGGACCUGCAAUGCCCUCAACCCCAACCCCUAGUCUCAGCGUUUUGUGAUUUUAAUUUUGGCGGGAGGGAAUGUGAAUUGAGAGAAAAG